GUAAAAUCGUCCGACAUGUUGGAAAAUAAAGUUGAAAAGUGACAAACACUGAAUAAAAAUGUGAUAUUUGGUUCAGCCACCGUGCAAUACAAUGGGACGUAAACGAGACAGACAUGUGGGCAAAAGAAGAACAGUCUUGCAAUUGGCCGAUGACCCAUUUGAGAGGGAUCCCAAAAAUUACAUCACUAAGGCCCACCAGAACCCCCCAGCUGACCAAGCGCCACAAGUGACCUACCAGCCUCAGUUUGGCACAGGACAUGUUAGCGCAAGUGAUGAGGACUCCAACCAGGGAUAUGACCCAGGAUUUGGAAAACAGGAAGCUCAGAAAAAAACUAAACUAGCUAGUUUUUUGGCAGAGAUAGAUGCUUUAGAGGGCACCCCAGAUGGGAGCCCCUCAACAACCAAUGGCCAGUACAAUGAAGAUAUUGAUGGGGCCCCUAUGGUGGAGGAUCCGCAACCUGAAAUGCCGACUACCCUGUGGGAGCCAAUGCUGGAUGAGAACACCCAGUGCUAUUAUUACUGGAACACCACUACUAAUGAAGUAACAUGGGAAGCUCCCCCUGAAUACACUGCAUACCUGGAACAGCACAAACAGUAUGUUAUUGAGGAAGAAGCAUGGACAAAGAGACAGGGCCAAGUAAAGAGUGCCCCUACAAUUCCAGAGAGUGCAGCAAAAGAUCCUCCCAUCCAGCAAACAGCAAGUUCAGAAAAUGAUUCCGAUGAAGAGGUGUAUUGCGGACCUGCACUUCCUGUUUCCGAAGAUGAAUCAGACACAGAAGUACUAUCGACAUUUCGAAAUACAUUUGGAUCAGGAAAGAAAAACCGCUCAAGCCCUAUCAAUCUUGUUGGUUAUGCGAAUGACAGUGUUAACACACCAAAUGAUUCUUUGAACAAUCCUGAUGAAGUUGACGAUGAUUUUGAACCUAGAUCUUUGGCUAAAGUUCAAGGUCCACUAUUACCUGACAAUAACAAGCCCCUGAGGCUUAUAGGACCUACAAUGCCCUCUAAGGAUGAUGCCCUUUAUACCCUCCACCUUCCUAACCAAUACCAGGCACUCGAUAUCGAUAGUGCAGACCAGGAAAAUACUGAUGCUGAAAAUGAUGAAGAAAACAAGGAAGAGAGUGUUGCUGAGCCUCAGUUUAUUGGACCAGUGAUUCCAGUUACUGCUAAACCUCAGAGUAAGCCUGGCUUAGCUGGAGUUGUGGAUUAUGAUGAUGAUGAUGAUGAUUCAUCUGAACACUCUAUUAACAGAGAGGAUGAUGGCAUCACUAGUAAUCAAGUGGUGGAAAAUGUGAAAUCAGAGAGUUCAAUUGAUGCUGCGGAGAAUCAUGAAGAAAAUGUGAACAUUGAAGAAAAUGUGAAAGCUGAAGACGAAAAAAAAUAUGAUGUUGCAGAUCAGCCUAUGUCACAUGAUGACUAUAUGCAGUUUGAUUUCUAUAAUAAGAAAUAUGAUGAACCAACUGAUGAAAAUGAUCCUCAAAAUCAAGCUUUAACAUUUGGUAAACCUCUAGUGACCUCUUUUGAGAAGCCUUCCCUAAAAAGUGAGGAAAUCAAGAAGGAAGAACCCUUGGGAGAAAAAGAUUCAUCUGAUGAAAGUGAGGACUCAUUAGAUAACAAUGAGGAUCCUGCAAAAAGUGAGGAGAUUCAUCAAAACACUGAACAGCCCAAAGUUAAAAUUGUGGCUGUUUCAGAGAAAGAAGAUAACAAAGAGACAGUGUCUGCUAAUAAAACGGUAUCUGAUGGAAAGGAGUCCAAAGGGGAGGAGCUAGAUAAAGAGGUGGAGUCUGAUAAAGAGGCAGAGGUUAGUGAAGGGGAGGACUCUAUGGAUGACUUUGAUCCUGAUGACAUUGACCGACAGCUAGAGCUAGCCCUUGAGAGAAAAAAGAAGAAACUUGUGAAGUCGGAGGCUAAACCACCAGUUGAAAAAGCUUUGGACCAGGUAGUAAGUAGCAAAGAUAUAACUGGGAAGAGGAUCUCUGAAGAGCCAAGAGAUGAUGCUCCUGUGAAGAAGGCUAAACUAGAGGAAACUGUAGAAGUACAGGAAUCACUACAAACAUCAUCUUUAAUGGAUAAAAGGCUGGACAUAAAGGAGAAAAUGGAAAUAGCGGAUCUCUCCGGACUACUCCUGGAGAAGUUGCAAUUUUUAAAUAUUACCCGAAAAAACAUCUCAACUUUACAAGUACAGUUGAUACAGAUUGAGACACGGGUUCAAGAUUGGCGCAAUGGAGGUCUGAAUACCCACUAUCUGUUAGAGAAACUCAAGGAAUCUGAGGAACAAAUCAAGGAAUAUGAACAGAAUUCCACUCCACCUGGCUGGUCCUGCCACUGGGACAGGUCAUUCAAGCGCUAUUUCUACAUGAAUGAGGUCACCGGUGAUUCCCAGUGGGAUUUCCCCAAGGAUGACAUUGAGGAUGAUACGGCCCAAUCAGAAUCUGACAGUGACAGCUCUGAUGAAGAGCGCAAGGUUGAAACUGCCAAAGUCAAGGCCACACAGUCUGAGGUCAAGGUCACAAGUUCUGAGCUUAAAAUGGAUGACAAUCUGAAGGAUCAAUAUGCCUUGUUUGAACAGGAGAUGAAUGAUGUACCAGACUCGACUGUGUCCAGCUCUGUGACCCAGAAACCAACCUCAAUGGAUCAGUCCACAGCUGAGCCCCACAAUCCCAGGCCUCCCCUACCUCUGUCUACAGCCCUGUCUCUUCCCCCUCCCCCACCCCCUCCAGAACCAAGUGCUCCGCCUCCUGUUUCCUCCUCGUACAGCCAGGAAGCAAGCAGUACAGUGUCCCAGCAGGGGGCCUGCUAUCCUCCCAGGGAUGAUCCCCCUCCCCCAGGAACUGAAAGCCCUCCUCCACUGCCCCGCCAUAACACAUCAGAUGAUAUGGAUCUUGAUGAUGAGUCAGAUACUGAGCCGACACAGUCCACUCCUGCACCCCCUCCCCCAGCUCAUGUUCCUCUUGCCCUUCCCCCUCCAUUACCUUACUACCCCCCAGAUAUAUCAGGCGGGAUUUCAAGCACAAAUCAGCCCCAUGCACCCCCACCUCCUAUGCCAUACCCUACACUGUCAUCCCUCUCUGCCUCUCCCGCACCCUCCCCUCCCCCGGCACCCUCAAUAAUUGCCCAACCCCAGAAAUAUGAAGCUCACAGCAGCGCCAUCUCUAGCCAGCCAAUGACAUAUCGGGCGCCUGAUGUUGAUACUUCAGCCGUAAUCGCUGCAGCUCCUAGCUCCUACACUGCACCUUCGUUGUCAAGGCAACCAGAGCCAUACACAUCCCAGGAGGCAACAGCAUCGUCAAGUAGUACAGUUAGAAGCUCAAGUGGCUCACAUACCAAGGAAAAGAAGAAAAAGAAAGACAAGAAAAAGUUGGGUGCAGGUCUGUCCUUGAAGAAGAAACAAUUUCCCAACUUAGUCAAUAAAUGGCAAAAAGUCCAGGAGCAGUUUGUUCAGCAAGCAGAGCAAGAUGAUAAAGUCCAGAGUGCCCUAGAGGAAUACGAUCAACAUGCUCUCAAUGCUAAGCGGUUUGAGAUGUGGAAGAAACAACAGUUAGAAAGUGGUGAACUGGAGGACAAUCCUAACUUCAUGGAAAUUGCUCCAGACUGGAGGGAGAGACGGUUAGCUAUGAAACAAUCAAAGGGUGACACUUGA